AUGGAUGCCGCCAUGAUGGAAACAUCCCUAUCAAUCCCAACGCCCCCUGCGGUUGCAAGCACGCUAUCGACGCUACUGAACCCAGGAAUUGUGGGAAUUGUAGUUAAUCACUUGAAGUCUACUUCCAUCAUGGAGGACACUGCAGGGAAUGCACAUGGGAACUUAAAUUCAUCUGAUACAGAGGACGACAGGUGUUUAGACGAAGAGUUACCACCUUCGACGCUUGGGACGAAAGAGUAUUGGGACAGUGCGUAUGAAAAGGAGCUUGAGGUUUUUAAAGACAUUGGAGAUGUUGGCGAAAUAUGGUUUGGUGAAGAAAGUAUGACCCGAGUGAUUAAAUGGAUGAAAAAAGCAAAGAUCCCACAAACCGCAUCUAUUCUCGACAUCGGUACAGGAAAUGGUGCGUUUCUAGUUGCACUGGCCGAACAGGGAUUCAAAAAUCUGAUGGGGAUCGAUUAUUCAGAAACAUCAGUAGAAUUAGCUCAAAAUGUUCUUCUUGCUGAAGGCCAGAUGGAUGCAGCUGUCAAGGAGGUGGAUUUCUUAAACUGUCAAGGCCAGCUUGAGAGUUUCGAUGUGUGCAUUGACAAAGGGACAUUUGACGCAAUAAGCCUUAACCCAGACAAAGCAAAAGAGAGCAAAAGACUAUAUGUAGAAUCUCUGAAAAGUGUUUUAAAGGAUGAAGGAUUCUUUGUUAUAACCUCAUGCAACUGGACCAAAGAGCAGCUACUGGAACGAUUUAAAGAAGGAUUUGAGCUUCUAGAAGAGUUGCCCACACCCACUUUCAAGUUUGGAGGGCGGACCGGCAGCAGUGUGACAGCGCUCGUCUUCAGAAAAGUGCACUGAUGUUAAAUUCAGAAUGUUUACUUUACUUUAAAUAUAUCACGUUUUAUAUGCA